AUGGCACGGAACGCACACGGGCGCAACCGACAUAACACCACGGCUGAUUUCCUCAUCACCGGCACUUCCAGGCGCAGUCGUACCCAAGCAGCCCAAAUCAGAAAUCAGGCUCGAGAACUCGAAGAGCACCGUGCAUUCCUCGAAGAAGUCUCCAUCGCACAACAACUAGGAAUCGUCGAUGCUAGCUAUGCUCAACAAUUAGCGGGACCACCACAUGAAGACGACGAACAAGAACGAUCACAGUUUGAACCGCUUAUUGGUAGUUACGUUGGUGAAGACUUUGAGAAUGACCCAUCAGGAGGGACCCCACCCCAGAACAUGAUCAAGUUCGUCAGCAGUCUGCCGCCCUCGACGAAUCCUUACGUGGCGCUGGCUGGAAAGAUCAGGGAUCAAACUAGAAUAGCCAAGCCUGUUCUGUGGGGAAUCAUUGUUCGUCGGAUCAUCACCUUCCAGUUCUGCGUAUUAUGUGCCCAGGCCAUCACUGUGCUAUGGCUACGAAAGAAAGCCAACAAACUGCGUUUUUUCAGAUGUAACAAACUUGGCUUGAUCCAUGUGGAGGUGCUCAACGAGAUUGUGCUCCUGAUGCUGGUGUUUUCUGUGUUGGCGGUGAUUGACCUGGUGACCCAAGAGUUUGUUGAACAAGGCUCGAUGGUUUUUUCGAACAAGCUGAUCUUGCGCACAUGCAAGUUCCCGAUAGCAGCGGAUGUUUGUUGGUGUAUGUCUUCUUCUCAACUUGAUCUUCCUCUUCCUUCAAAGCGAGUGAGCCUGAUGAAGCCUGUUUCUGGAAUGAACCCGAUCGAUUUUCGAAGUGUUUCUGUGGAUUUGCGGGAUCGAGAGUGUGAUGUCAUUCUCCUCUUUAAGAGCACGGGCACGCGCCGGAGCAUCCAUCAGACUUCCGGCGUACAUCCGUUUCAGCGCCAAUGGCUUACUCCUCGCCGUUCUCACCGUUCCUGGGGAGAAGCCUUACUCUUGGGGACCUCGAUUCAAGGGACGUUGAGUAUCAGGGGGAUAGAGCAGGCUGCCAGGGAGAUCAUCGAGACUCUGCUCAGAGCAGCACCGAGCUAUCGCCCGGAAACCUUCAACUACUUGAGCAUGUUUGGACUGAUUCUUGAGCCCGGCCAAAGGAUUCUCAGUGGAACCAAACGCUUUGCCCAUGAGGUCAGAUUGAUUCAGAUCUUGUAUAUCGUCCAACAUUUACUCAUAGCAACUCUAUACAUGCCCACCUCGAUCUUUGCCUUACGAGGGCUACGGAACCAAGUGACUCCGGAAUGUGCGCUGAAGAGAGGGCCAGCAGAGGAAGAAGAGUCGCUGCCGAACUACCAGCUGCAGAUCAUGACGCUCACCAUGAAGACGCCCGGACAGGAGAUGGCCAACCAGGAAAAAGUGCGCAAACGGCUGAUCAAACAAACAUUAAUGCUCUAUCUGGAUACCAUCUUAUAUUGUCCUCCUCUCAUGUACAUGCUCUCUUACAAGGGAGUCAGCUUCUUUAAUGAUCCCACGUGGGUUUUGAUCGAGCAACUGGGCACCCAUGGACAUACCGCGAUCAUCGGAAACAUCAUCUUAGCAUUGCUCAUCAAGAACGCUAUCUACACUAACAAGAGAGCCGCCACUUCCACUCUCGCCCCACCCGACAUCCCCUACUUGAUGCGCCUGUCCGGUGAUUGA